AGGUUUUUUUUUGUGGCAGUCUCUCGACGAACCUCGAUCCUGCUAAGGGCAUUUUUUCAGUGCCACAUGAUAUCUCUUCUGUUCUGAGUCUUUUUCGACAUUUAAGGAAAGGGGCCUAUUAGAUCAAGUGCCAUGGAGAGUGCAAAAGAAAACUAUGAAAAUUUAAGCAAUAUGAUUGCUCUAGCAAGAUCUGAGACAGAGCGCAAAAAAACAAGGGGAAUGUCGUCUAAUAGGCGCGUCAGUUUUUCUUCGUCGACGCAAAUUCACCACUAUAACCAAGACGGCUAUCUGGUGUCGCCAGAAAGUGAGCUGGAGCGGAGGUUUUUCGCGCCGACUACCCCGAGGCGGCCGGAGGAACAAAUUUGCGCCUCUGAGAAAAGGGGCGAGGAGUCCUUUCCUUCCGAACACCUGGAUGCCGAUAGAGGAGAGAAUUCGAAGAGAAGAUCUAGCAGGGAGCAGACGCCGUCGGUCAAGAAAAAAUCGAAAAGUGUGUUAUCGCCAUUUGGUGGGUGUGUAUCCCCGAUAAGAGCCGCUCUUUGCGGCUCUAGACGAGAUGGAAGACCUGGCUUGUUUAGAGGUGCAGGGGCCGAGUUGGAUGAGGUGGCUGCUGAUUCCUUGCAGUCUGGAGCAUCUCGGUUGAACUCUGGUCAGCGUUUGUAUAGACAGGGUUAUGCGGAUAAGGAGAUGUCCGCGGUUUAUUCUAGUACGAAUUUGAAUUAUCAGUCGUACUUCGACGAAGCGUUUAAGCCGGAGCCGGUCGCUCAACAGCGUUCUGAGGACAGGGAUGAUUUUACGCUGAUGUCGACGCGUCGAUAUCCACAGUCCAUGGAUGAAACGAGAUCCAACUGGGGUGGCAUUUUGUCCACGCGCGCACAAGAUGCGUCGAAUGGGUGUGGGGGGCCUGGAGAGGGUUUGGGCGCUGGUACGGAGAGAGAGGUCUAUUUGGAAUAUGGGGAAGACGAUCGCACGUUGGAUAGGAGGGCGUCUCAGAGUGGGCAUUCUAGGUCGUCUUGGACGAUGGAUGUGACGAUGACAGAUGUGGGGAAGAUCAUGGCGAUUGCGGACGAUGGGAGUGACGGUUUGCCCGACAUGUCUCAAGAAAGGAGGGGGCGGCUGAAGAGUGGAAGCGAGAAGGGUAUAGAGAGGCGUUUUUUACAGGUUGGUUCUGACGGCCAUGAGGAGUUGGACAAAUUGGUUAGAGGUGGUCUGGAUGACUGUUGUGUGUGUCCAAUGGAGGAAGAGGAGCAGAGUGACGAUGGUCGGGGUUUUAGUUUUGACGGUCGGGGAUUGGUGAACAAAUCGCUUAGCAAGUUUUGCGGUGAAGCGUCUUUCAGAGUGGGUAAAGGGCGCGACGCGCCGUCGAGCCGGGGAGGUCUAGAUGGCAAUCAUACGUUGGUGUUUGGUUUGGGGAACGAGAUGGAGGAGACUCGCAGUGAUUUUGGUCAGAUUUUGGCGCGUCCGUUUUCGGACACGACUGGCGUGGAAGAAAAUUUGACGUCGUCGGUGCAAGACAAGAGUCUUAAGCCGUUUUCGUCCAAACUGUCUCCAUGCAAGCCUUUACCGGGAGAUGAUUUAGAUUUGCAGAACAAGACGCGCCGGAUGUCUCUUUUCAGGUCGAACAAAGAGCCGAGGCCCUUCUCCGAAUUGGAGCAGCAAAGGGGGGGUUUGAGCGUGGAAAGUUUGUCCGGACAAGAGUCGCAGUCCGUUGGGAAGGGGAGGGCGUCUUCGCUUGAGCUGGACAAGCUUCAGUUUGUUUCUACUAACUAUUCUCAGGAUGUGGGUGCGAGAAAGUUGGAAUCUUUAUGUUCGAACCAAGAGGCGGUGGAAAUUGAGAGUAGCACGAGCAGCAGUGUCCCGUCCCACACGGUGAGGAUCAAUCCUUCUCAUAGUUUGACAGAGACGCUCAAAUCGAGCGUGUGCAAUUUCACGCCGCUAGCCGACGGUCGAGCGCGUGAAUCGGGUGCCAGUUCGCGCCGCAGCGCGGAUCGGUCUGUCGUGGGAAAAGAGUUGUCGGCAGGCGGAGGGGCGAGGAGGGGCGCGCCCGGCGAGUCGGAGUUUUUCGGGGAUGUUGUUCGGGUGGACGAGUUGAAGAAAGAGGUCGGGAGGGGCGAUUUGCCCGCGCCAGAUUGCCGACAGGACGAAGAAACCGGUCGUAGCGGAGGGUUUUUGACCGAAUCGAACAGGAGUGCACGCCGCGGUGGGGAGAGCGACGCGAAAUGGCAAGAGAUCGAAGAGGGGGCCAAGCUGCCAGCGUUUGAAGAAGACGCGCCCGAGUUUUUAUGGAAGGAGGAGACAAGAGAUUUUCGCACAGAAGAUUCGGUGCUCACUCAGACCGGGUUGAAUAGAGAGGAGCAGCUAUCCAUGUCGAUGUCCUGGAACAACGGGUCUAGUUUGUAUGAAUUGACCGGCAUGCAUGGAGCUCGUCUGCGUCAAUUUUUGAGCGAGGACACGAGGUAUUUGGCGCAUUUGGACGACCCCAAAGAGGGGGAGUUGUCCAACGAGAAGCUGUUGUUCCAGUUGAAGCAUUUGAAGGACGAGAGCGGGGGAGCCGCCCCGGCGGAGGCGACGCAACAGCCGUUGAAGAAGUCGGCGUUGUUGGAGCUAUUGGAGAGGCUCCGGGAGAACGUGAGGGAGGAGGGGGUGUCGAGGGGCGAACAAGACGACCAAUACUUGGAUUUUUUGACAGAGUCUUGUCAAAAGGAAGAAGAUCGCCAACUCUUCGACGAGCCGGCAGAGAUGACGAUGACGGGUCAACAGCAGGAUUUGGACAAAUUGAUGGCGUCGACACCGACGAUAUUAAGGACGCCGUAUCAGUCUGAGAGUAUUGGGGCGGGUACGAGCGUUCCGCCAGAACGUUCAAGGGGUGAAUCGUUUGGUUUGAAAUGGUGUGAAAUGACAUGGACAAAGUUUUUAUCUCAGCUUGGGAUUCACUUUUUGGACACGACGAUGUAUCGCCGUCCAUCGAUUGGGGUGCGCGUCUCAGUGCCCAAAACCGAUUACGACCGUUUGUGCACCAUCUUUCGCUCAGACCCAGAAUUGAAGUUAUAUGGAGACUGGUACAGAGAAUUGGAAGAGACAAGUCGCGAGAGCGAGGACCGAGUCAGUGAGAUGGAUGAGAGGUGUCGCCGUUUAUGUAUGGAAUCAGAUGGUCGAAUGCGCGAGUUUUUGACGGACGUUUUGAGGCGUCAUGGUUCUAGACAGGACUUUGGACAGUUGAAACGGCUGUGUCAGUUGGUUGCAAAGAUUCGGCUCCAUGACAAAGUGCUGGGCAGAUCUAUUGAGCAAAGGAUCCAGGCGAUGUUACAGAACUCUCUGAGCUCGGCUCGUGAAUGUUUGUCGAGGGUCGAAUCGUCUUUGAACGAGGUCGAUCGAUCCGUCUUUGACGAUCAAAAUUUAACGUUGACACUUUUGAAUUCGACGAGGAUGGCAGACGAGACCAACAUGUCUAUUCAGCGUCUCCUUGCGUCUCCGCUCGUCAGUCAGUCGGGAACUUUGGACGACUGUGUCACCGAAAGAUGUGGCCACGCGACUUUGAGGCUCAAGGCGAAUGUGGAGUUUGUGUCUCGCAUAGAAUCGCUUCUAUCUCAAAUUCGGCAGCUGUCAAAUCAAGAAGAUUUUCUGGCGAGUGGACUUGGAUGGCAUCUGAUUCAUUCGAACGAGGUUCGAAACGUACGCCUGUGCUUUACUUGUCAGCAGGCUAUUCAUAUUGAAUUUUUGUUGGCUGACCACUCCGUCGCGCUUCCGUUGCCAUCGUCGUCCUUUUGCGAUCCGGAUUAUUUGAGUAACCCGUGUCGUCUCCAGUCCAUCCGAUUGCAUUGCGUUCUUUCUCCGGAGCGCAUAUUCGACUAUUCCGUCGUGUCCAAAUUGCUGGAAUCUUAUUCUUCUUUCUAUCCCUGUCCUGCUUAUCUCACGUUCCAGGUGAUCUCCGACACACUGACUUUAGUCGGUCGCAUCUUGGACCUGAUUCGAGAGCUCCACCAGCUGGACACGUGGCUGCUGUUUUCUCCCGCGAUCUCUGAAUCGCGGCUUCUCCCGAUUCCCGGCGUCCGGUUUGGCAUUCGGUUCAGCAAUGCGGUGACGUGCAGAGCCUUUCUCGUCGAGUUUGAGCUUGGGUGCGAUUACCCCUUUUUGAGUCUGUUGCCGUUUGAAAUGCACAAUCCGUUCAAGGUUCCCAUUACUUCUGACCAGGUUGGUUCUGUCAUCCUCGAAGAAAUUGAGAAGUGCACCUUUCAGCCGCUUUCUCGAAUUUGUCGUCGUUUGGCUGGGCUUUGCUGAUUCGUUUUUAUGUAAUAAUUGUAUACAUUUCCACAGGUGGUGUUACGCGGGC